AUGCAAGGCUUCAAAGACUUCGACCCUGCGAAGAACAUUGGAGACCUUUCCGGAAAAGUGAUCUUGGUGACUGGAGGCACCGCAGGAUUGGGAGAGGAAAGUGUGCGAGCACUGGCGGCGCACAGUCCAUUACACAUCUACUUCACAGGCCGCAAUGUCACUGCAGCGAAUGCACUGAUCGCCGAUAUCAAAGCCAAGCACCCGACGACAUCUUUAAGCUUCAUCAAGAUGGAUCUCUCGUCCCUUCGCGCAGUCAAAGAGGCCAUCGCUCAAGAGUUCAAACAUGAUCGCCUCGACAUACUGAUGAACAACGCCGGUAUCAUUGCCAAACCAGCAGUUUUGAGUACCGAUGGUUUCGAGAUCCAAUUCGCGACGAACCACCUCGGCCAUGCGAUGCUCACCAGAGAGCUGAUGCCCAUCUUGCUCAAGACAGCCAAAGAGCCCGGUGCAGACGUCCGUGUCGUCAGCAACACGUCCGCCGGUUACGAGUUCCAUCGCGCCAUCAAAGGUGGUAUCUCCUUCGAUGAGCUUGAUGCUGGAAGCACGAUGUCUCGAAUGAUGCUAGGCGCAUGGAUUCGUUAUGGCCAAUCCAAACUUGCAAACAUCCUCUUCGCGACGGAGCUCGCGCGUCGGCAUCCUGAGCUGACGUCUGUAGCCAUCCACCCUGGACUUGUCAAGACGCCCAUGAAUACCGAGAUGGCCGGCUGGAGUAAGACAUUUGUCAAUCCUCCAGCCCACAGUUUGAAGCCCACGCCGUCCAAUUCCGACACUGUCAUCUCUACUGAAAGUAAGAAGAAGGCCAUUCGAUAG